GAAAAAUGAAGGCAAGUUUCUCAGUCAAUUUUAACGUCGAUCAUGUUUUUUACAAUCUUUUUAUCACCUUUUUGUUUGUCUAUUUGUAGAUCUUCAACUGGGUUCACAGAAGGUUCAAUAACAAAGCGGAAAAUGUGAAGAAAGACAGCGACAUUGCCACUACGGAUGAGCAGCAAUUUGUGGGGGAAAACGAAUGCGACGUCGUUUUGGAGAGCUGGAGAGGUGGGAUUCUUGCCAUUGGAACAUUCGGCUACGAUCCUUUGAAGCAUCAAAAUCAACAUCUUACUGAAGCUUACUUUUCCGAGGAUGUCGAUGAUGAUGAUGGUGGUGAUUGUGAUGAUGAGGUCGAUGAUUCGUCCUCCCUCAUAGAUCGCAAUUCGCUGGUCCUGGCAGAGGAAUUAACGGAAAAUGUGGAGGAGGAAGAGGAGGAUGGUGAGCUUGAGUUUGGGUUUGAAUACGUAAUGAUGAAGAAGAAGGAGAGAACCACUCUGGCAGAUUUGUUCGUUGCGGAUUGCGAUGAGGAUGAAUGCGCCAUUGCCGAGAGCAAGUCCCACCAUUUACUCACACAGAAGUCGAGUCGGAAGCACGCGCCCUCCUUUGGCCGCACUGCUCGCCCCAUCCACAAACUCAACAAACUGAUGCGGAGAAUGUUGACAAGAAAGAUCCAUCCUGAACUAGUAGGACCCACCAAUCCUAAACUACAGGCCUUGGACAAUUAUGAUUAUAAUUAUAAUUAUGCUAAUAAGAGCCGGGCGACUGAGGACUGCGCCUCGCUUCUGCCCACUAAAGACAUCAGUACAUGAUGAUUACUUCAUGAAUAAUGUAUGUGAGGCAAGGUGCCUUGAAGAAUCUUUGGCUCUUUUUAUCAGAUGCAAUGCAAGUGUUUGUACUCUCGGAUGAUGAACAUUUAAUUGUUUGAUUAGAUGAUAGAUGCGUGUUUGUAUUCUGCUAUCUCUGUGACGUACGAUUUCAUGAGGUUUGGACUGCUAUUAUUCUAGUUGAGAUGACGUACUCUCGUACGUUUUGGUUCA